AUGGCAGCCUCGCCCAACUCGGUCGCUGCGACUUCAGACAUCGAGCCACCCAGCUCUCCCGCCGCCCCGGACGGCAAGUCCUUCGUUUCCCGCGCUGGCUCAGAAGAUGAAGAUACCCGAAUGGCCGAGGACAACCCCGACAAGCCACAUCGGAGUAAAAGCAAAGGGUCGCAGAGUAAAGAUGCCAACGGUCAGCAGAAUAUUGGCAAGAUAAGGCACUUGAAAAAGGAAGACGGCGAACCUCUGUGGCGCGAGGACAUCCAGUACGACUUCCUGAGGGCCGUGUUUGACAACGAGCAAAAGGUCUUCACCAACACCUACGACCCGGAUGGCAUAGGUAUGCAGACCUUUGCCGACCUCUACAUCGACACCAUGUCGCGAAGUAGCAAGACCAGCAAGGUGCUUCGAGACAAACUAUUGAGCGAUAGAGAGGCCGCCAAGGGUAUGGCCAUGGUAUGCCUUUUGGUCAACGUUGGCAGGAUGAAUACCACCCUCAACUUCUUCCCCGAGAUGCGUGCACAGCUUCGAACUUAUCAUGCCAUUCCAUCCUUGCAGGCACACCAAGACCCCCAUGCCUACAAGCAGCUGCAGGACGCGCCUCGACUUAAGUCCAUCUUGAAAGGCGGUGCGGAGGACCGGGAAGAGCCCAACUCAUUGGACAAGAUCAAGAAGAUGGACAACCCCCCUCGGACGAACCCAGUGAACCUAAUAUUUGUCAUGUGCAGCGGCGCGCAAAAGAUUGCCGAACUGCAUUUUCCCCUCAACCACGAGUUCCACGACCUCAUAAUGAAGACGAACUACUCGAGCGAGUCCCGGGCGAAGGCCUUCUUGUGGCUCAUGUGGUUUUACCUGGAAUCCGACUUCACCGAGGAAGGCUGCGAUGAGAAUCCGUUUGGUCCUGGCGUGGAUUACGGCCUGGACGUCGCCAAUCAGGGCGUUCCCGAGCUGGAGCUGCUGACGGACGAGCAAAAGAUAGCCGAGAACGUCGACACGCCAGAGGAAACAGAGUUUGGUCGCGAGAAGCAAAAGACGCGCGCAAAGAUCCUAGAGAUGGACCAGGCCUACCUCAACGAGCGAGAGUCGAAGCGGGGGAAGCUGCGCGCACCGCUCAGCGAAGACGGUCCAGCCAUUCUGCCGCGUAUCAGGCCCUCAAAACACGAAUCGGACAUGGAUAGUACGAGAUCUACGCCGCCUCCCAAGGCGCUAGCCCGAAGUGGCGCUUCUGGCCGUCGCGGUUUGCCACUUAAGUACCAAAUCUUUGAGGGCUCUUCGCCAGCGCGUCACGGGUCCGAGGGCGUCGUUUCAAGGAAACCCCGUCCUCCCACUGCGCACCAGCUUGCCGUCGAGCGGAACCGCAACGAGCGAGUCGAGUAUAUCCUCGACCGCGGCCUACGCAAACGUCACCACAAAAGCCGCAAGCUCCGGCGGCAAGACGGCGCCAUCUUCCGGGCCUAUCGAAGAUUGCAGGCUCAGGAGGACGGGUUUGAAGACAGCGAUGGCGACGAAGACACACCGCGCAACCUGCCCCCCAACAGCGACAAGGGGUCUGGGCCGUUUCGGGAGAAGGGGCUCGGCGGUCUGUGCCUCAUGACCACUGAGGACGACGAUUUUGGCGAAGAGGUCAGCUCGUACGCCGCGGCCCUGCGGCGCUCAACUAGGAGGCUGGCACGCUGGAAGGGACACGAGACCGAGCUGGGAGUCAUUGCACCGAUUAAGAAGCCGAGGCCGAAUGGCGAGACAGCCGAGAACGGCGAUGACGGGGACGCAGAGGGAGGCGAACAUGCCUACGCCGACGCCGAGGCGAGCAAGGCCAACGGAGAUGCAAGUGGCGACAUCACAAUGGGUGACGUUACGAUGGGCGAUGUCACAAUGGACGACGUGGAAGCAGAUGCAGAGGACGCAGACCAGAUAGCCGUGGCGGAUGAAGAGGGACGGGCCGACGAUGACGCCGAUGAUGGCGACAAGACCGAGGUCAUGGGAGAAUCGGACGUGGAUUAG